AUGUUUAAUAUCUCACCCGAGACAAAUUCUGAUCAUAAAACCGGCUCAAAGUCCUCCAUCUUGAACUACUUCUUUCAACAUGUCAAAGAAACAUAUUAUUCCAAUACAUACAAUCGGCUGAGCAGAAUCCCUGGCCCGUGGCUUGCAUCCUGCACCAAUCUCUGGAGGUUUGCUUUGACAUGGACUGAGAAGGCCGAAGCUACUCAUAUCAAGCUCCAUGCUCAGCAUGGAGACGUCGUUCGCCUGGGGCCGAAUCUUGUAUCUGUUACAGAUAUGGAUGCUGUCAAAAAGAUAUAUGGAGCUGGGACCUCUUACGAAAAGUCCGAGUUCUAUGCGACUUUUCGUGAUGUGGCGCGAGGGCACAUUCUUGAAAACAUGUUUAGUCUAAGGAACAAUGGCUUCCAUAGAGUUCUCCGGCGAAGCGUUGCUUCAGCAUUCUCCAUGAGUACAUUGGUCCAGCUGGAGCCAUUUGUAAACUCAACACUGAGCUCAUUCAUGAGAGAGCUCGACAAGAGAUUUGUCAAUACAGAAACUGGCCAAAAAGUCUUUGACUUGUCAAGGUGGCUCAACUUAUAUGCCUUUGACGCCAUUGGCGAGCUGAGUUUCUCGGAGAGAAUCGGCUUCCUCGAGAGCGGUGGAGAUAUGGAAGGAAUCAUGCAUCAGGUUGAGAUGCAGCUUGGCCAUCAGAACACUGUCGGUCAAAUGCCAUGGCUCGAUCGUUUCUGGGCAAAAAACCCAAUUGGACUGUGGCUGGGCAGAAUGGGCAUUUUACAGGAGCGAGACUCUAUUGUGGUGAGAUUUGCUGCGCGGAAAAUAAAGGAACGGUAUGAGGCCCUAGGGGCUGGGACCGCUCCGUCCGCAACAGACUUUCUCGAUCGGUUCAUCCAGGCGGGGAUAAAAGAUCCUGAGCUGAUGACUGAGCAAGAGAUCUUGAGUCUCACUCUUGUCAACAUCUUUGCUGGUGGCGACACCACUGCCAUUGCCCUCUCCGCCAUAUUCUACUUCUUGCUCAAGAAUCCCUCCACGUUGGAAAAGCUUAUGGCUGAGCUUCACGAAUCUCCGCCCAACAGGGAUGAUGGCAUCAUGAGCUACGGCGAGGCAAGAAAGCUUCCGUAUCUCAAAGCUGUCAUCCAAGAAGGCCUACGGAUGUUUCCAGGAAUUGGCAACCCCCUUGAGCGAGUUGUGCCUCCCCAAGGCCUAGAGGUCUGCGGACACUUCCUCCCUGGAGGUACAAUUGUCGGGACUUCGGCUUGGCCACUACACUCAAAGGAGUCCAUAUUUGGCGCAAAUCCCAGGGAAUUCCGGCCAGAACGGUGGAUUGAGGCCUCUGAGUCUCAAAUCGGCCUUAUGAACAGUGCCAUGUUCGCCUUUGGAAUGGGUGGUCGCUCAUGCGUGGGACAGAAUAUCAGCCUGCUAGAGAUAUAUAAAGUCGUCCCUACAAUUCUUUGGAAAUACAAGCUUGCUUUUGCAAAUCCUACAGCUGAGUGGACUACAUCGAACCGGUGGUUUAUAUAUCAGAAAAACUUCUUUAUUACACUUGAGCAUCGAGUUUAG